UCUCUACAGAAGAACCUGCAACACCUGGACAACAGACCUGUGUUCCUGCAGGACAGAGCAUGUGCAGAAGCUUGGCAAGAAGGUGGUUUAGAAGCAGCACAGGCAAUGAGAAAGAAGUGGAUCGAAGAGGAGCACAGAAAAAUCAGUGACAGCGCAAUGGCUCUCCUAAAGCGAUGUGACAGCUUCAGAAGCAAUGAGGCAGUCAUCUCAGUGCCACAUGCUGGAACAAUGACUGAUGAGGGAUCGGAUGAUACAGAGGAGAGCUGCCACUCAGACAGUGGCACUGAUAAUACAUCAGCUUGCGAGAGAAGUUCAGGGGGACACUGGAAGGAAAAGGAGCUCAUCAUGCCAUGGAAUGUUCAAACAUCCCCACAGCACACACGGGAGGGAAAUAGUAGCCUCAUCUCAGAACUGGACACUCAGGAAGGAGCCAGGUGGAUGGCAAACAGAGAGACGAGGACAACCGAUGAGAACAUAGUAACAUCAAUCCAGAAGAAGGAAAUCAUCCACACAGAACGAGAUUGAUUUGUUGGAUACGAGAAUGAGGCAGAGUCAGAGCAGCAAAGUGAGCCAAACAGAAACAGAAACAUUUGUUGAAAGAUGUAACUCUUGAAUGGGAAGGCAAUGAAGUAUGCGAAAGUAUCAAAGAAAGAGAACAGGAAUCAGUUGAUACAAUGAGCAAAUUCAACAAAGCAAUAAGAAAACACAUUUCCGAGGCACAGAAACUACAAAGGUUCAAGAGGAAGAAUUAGGGAACAGGUACAGAAACAAACAAAUGGCAUCUCAUAAUAGUUUUGUUAUUGAAUUCCUAACAUUGUCAACAAAUCAUUGCUGGAUCCUGACUCCGCCGUAGCAAAACUACUGACACCAUGUGGGAAGCACACGCAAAGCAACCUCUGCUAUAGGAGAUGGUUAUACAUCAAUCAUUUACUCAUAUUCACACCGACUCCAGUGAAAAGGGUGACGUAGAACACGUGGUGGUAUUCUGCAGGUGAAAGGAUAAAUCAGAAUUUGUAUUUGUCAGAACUUUUAAAUCAUCUAUUAAAUGACUUUCAAUAAACCAGAAAGUAUCUACAGGAUCCACAAAUACGCCUUGGUACACGUACCAAACGUUAUAAAGUGCUCCUACACUUCUUGGAAGGAAUUCGAAAAACUGACAACACUGAUUAAGAAGCAAAAUAGAAACUGCCUAAUGUAGAAUAUAAAAUAAGUAAACAAACAACUAUUAACACUAUAAAAAAGACACUAUUUCCUUAUUGUGUACUGAUUCUGAAGCUUGGUGAUAUUUGCUUUCAUGUAGCAGUCAAUGGCUUUUGUAACUUUGUUGGUUGGAACUGGUGACGUAAUCCCUGCUCUGCCAAAAAUGUUGUGCUUCAACAUGAAUAUAAAUAAUUAUGCUGAUUUUUAUUGUCCUGUUCUGGUAGUUUAAUAUUACUGAUUAAAGAACUUGUAUAUAUUGAAUAGUCAUCUAAUGUCACAUAUUUUAUUAUGAUUGAGAAAUAAAGUGAAUGUCAUGUCAGGACACUUCCCUCUAAUCUUGCUAACCUCCCGAAAGUUACUGCUGACUGUGCCAUAAACAUUAUUUUAG